CAUGUUUCCGGUGUCGUUUGUGCGCGAGCUUGACGGUGAUGCGCAGCGCGUGAAGGUUUGAAGAAAAGAGACGUGAUCAGAAACCGGAGCUGAAAAUAAUAUCAAUAGUACUAAUAAUAUUAAUAAUAAUAAUAAUAAGAAGAAGAAGAAGUCAGAGCGGGUCCAGAGAAGAAGCCGAAGAAGACACCAUGUCUCCGUCUUUCCCCGGCGUCCUCCUGGUCUUCCUGCUAAUCCCGGCCUCCUCGGGGUCCAUCGAGCCGUCCGUGGAGGACCUGGCCAACAGGAACGCUGACUUUGCUGCGCGACUGUACCGAGCCGUCGCCAGCCGCACUGAUGAAAAUGUCUUUGUGUCUCCGUUCUGUCUGUCCACCGGACUCCUGUCCUUGCUGAGCGCUACCAGCGGUCCAACCCGGGACCAGCUCCUGCAGGGCCUCACACUGACGGGACUGGAUCCUCAGAACAUCCCAGAUCUUUUUCUGACACUGAGGAACGGGGUCCUCCCUGAGACCGGAGCCACGAGCCUGCGGCAGGGCGUGGCCAUCCUCCCCUCCCAGAUUCUCCAGGUGUUCCCGUCCUACCUGGACCUGGUCCAGACUAAGUUCGGGGGGACUGUUCAGAGUCUGCCCUAUUCUGCACCACAUGAGGCCAUCGACAGCAUCAACCUCUGGGUCCAGGAGCAGACCGGAGACCAGGUCCAGGAGUUGGUGUCCAACCUGGACCCUCAAACUCAGCUACUACUCGCCACCGCCGCCUCCUACCAGACCCGGUUCAGUCCACCCUUCAACUCGUCGUCCACUCAGGACGAGCGUUUCUACGUGGACAGAUACCACGUCGUCAUGGUUCCCAUGAUGUUCAGGGCCGAUAAGUACUUCCUGGCGUACGACCGCUCUGUAAAGGCCGGCGUGUUGAAGCUGCCGAUGGUGGACGGGGCGGCCAUGUUGGCGGUGCUGCCUGAUGAAGGCGUGGACGUCACCGCCGUGGAGGAGGAAGUGACGGCCGAGAAAAUCCAGACCUGGAUCCGACAGCUGAAGAAGACGAAGUUGGAGGUGCAGCUUCCUCGUCUCCUGCUGGAGCGUUCUUACUCUCUGAAGGACGUCCUGAAGACUCUGGACAUCACUCAGGUGUUUGAGGAUGACGCUGACAUCAGCAACAUGGGCGGAGCUAAAGGAUCUAAACUCAACCAGGUUUAUCAUAAAUCUGUCGUCUCUGUGGACGAGACCAGCGACCCCAUCACCUCAGGAGACGUUGUGUUCUCCACCCCCCCCCCUCGCCUCACCUUCAACAGACCCUUCAUCUUCAUCAUCUACCGGCAGAACCCGACCAGCCUGAUGUUCAUGGGCCGAGUCACCGACCCCACCCAGAAAUAGAUGAGUUCACCUGCUUCCCAUGUCCCCCUGAGGAUGAACUGAGAGGACGUCCUCUAACGCUACCAUCAGGUCAACACAUGUCCAACAGUUAGCUACUGAUGUGUGUUACGUAAUAAUCUUUUAAACCUGCUAGCAUGAGGUUAGGGUUUAUUUAACAUGGCGCCCCCUGCUGGUGGGUUGGUUUUAUCACUGAGUUAACAGGUCACAUCCCAUCACGUGACUUGACAACAAAAGCUGUUGUGUUUAGAGCUAAUUAGCAUGUUAGCAUGACAACCACUAUGAUGUCGUAUGUACUGACUAUUCAAUCAGUUGCCUCUGAAUAAACGUGUUAUGUUAAAAA